AUGUCAGAUCAAGCACGUUGGAAAGCAACAGUCUAUGUGGGUGGUCUAGCUCCCAUGGUAAAUGCGGCAAAUCUUCAUGCUGCGUUUUUACCCUUCGGAGAAAUUGCAGAUGUCUCCCUCCCGAAACCUGCUGGUCCAAACUCUACAGAGCUUCAUAGAGGAUUUGGAUAUGUAGAAUUCGAGGACUCCGAGGAUACGAAAGAUGCUAUCGACAACAUGGAAGGAGCAGAGCUGUUUGGCAAGCCGAUCAAAGUCUCUGCUGCUAAGCCGCCAAAGAAUGUUAACGAGGGGCUGGGAAGCAAGACUGCUUUGUGGGAACAAGAGGGCUGGCUUGCAGAGAAUGCCGUCAGUGAGGAAGAUAAACUUGCAGCGGAUAGGGCAAAAUCGGGCGCAGAUGAUGCUCCAUAUGAUCCUAUGCAGGGCUUAGAAGGAUUGGAUGUAGCUGGGCCAAAUCCAGUUUGA